AUGGCUAAUCGAGGAGCAACAAGACCCAAUGGGCCAAAUGCUGGAAAUAAAAUUUGCCAGUUCAAACUAGUACUUUUAGGAGAGUCUGCAGUUGGCAAAUCAAGUUUGGUGCUUCGAUUUGUAAAAGGACAGUUUCAUGAGUUUCAAGAAAGUACAAUUGGAGCUGCUUUUCUAACCCAGACUGUAUGUCUGGAUGAUACAACGGUAAAAUUUGAAAUUUGGGAUACAGCUGGGCAAGAGCGGUACCACAGUUUAGCACCCAUGUACUACAGAGGAGCACAAGCAGCUAUAGUGGUGUACGACAUUACAAAUGAGGAGUCCUUUGCCAGAGCGAAAAAUUGGGUCAAAGAACUUCAGCGACAAGCAAGUCCUAACAUUGUAAUAGCUUUAGCAGGAAACAAAGCUGAUCUAGCUAACAAAAGAGCUGUGGAUUUCCAGGAAGCACAGGCUUAUGCAGAUGACAACAGCUUAUUGUUCAUGGAGACGUCUGCCAAAACAUCUAUGAACGUAAAUGAAAUAUUCAUGGCAAUUGCAAAAAAAUUGCCCAAGAAUGAACCACAGAACGCAGGAGCCAGCUCUGCCAGAGGAAGAGGAGUAGACCUUACUGAACCCACACAACCACCCAAGAGUCAAUGUUGUAGUAACUAAAAGAUCAAUUGCUUUAAACUGUUCUGAAUAUUCUUCUGCUUCCUAACUGUUAAUAACCAUGGAAUUGGAGUGCUUAACCUGGUCCAGUACAGCUUCCCAACAGCGAAGAGACUUAUGAUAAUAGUCAAGUUCAUGAUACAGAGUUUUCUUUUGAUGUAAAAUUUUAACAUGCAUGUAUCCACCACUGGCUAUAAUGUUUCAGCAGUAGAGGAGAGAUGGAAGGGACAUAAACUUCCUUCAGUUGAAAGGUUUUAAAAAUCAGUUGUUAUUAUUAGGAGUGUAGAAGAACUGCUCUCUGUGGACCUAAUUGGCCAGUUCCUGUAGCCUCAAUACUGAUCACUGUUAUAAUAAAUAGAAUUGGGUCUUUUCAUAAUUCUCAAUUGUGCUUUAAAGCCUUUUUAGAAACAGGGUCUAAAAAUUACUUAAACUUCUCUGAAGUAUUGAUGCAACCAGUUGUUUCUGCAGGUAUCCACUAUUUAGUUAUACAUUCCAUAGUUUAAUAAUUUAAUUACAAAUAAUACUUGCAUUAACAAUUUUAAGAAUCCUUUGCUUGCCAGACAGUGGAGUUUUAGUUGGUACACUGUAUGUAAAUUAUAUCAACCCAGUUAGUUAUCUUAAUGAAUUAGUGAUGAAUCAAGUUUAACUUAAUUUCUAAUGUUUUCAGAGGGUACAGACCAGUAAAUUCAAUUCUAUGACUUAGGAUAUGUUUGUUUUUUUUCCUCUACAAACUGUAAGAGCUCUUCAAGUAAAACCACAACAAACUCGGUGUCUGUGA